UGGCUUCACCUUGUGGAUCUGGCACAGGGGCCGCAGGUGGAGCUGCCUGCCAGUCCCACCCAGUGUGCCCGCACUCCUCAGCCCUUGGGCGGUCGAUGGGACCCGGCGCGGUGGAGCAGAGGGCGGCACUCGUUGGGGAGGCUCAGGCGCAGGAGCCCAGGGCAGUGCAGGGAGACUCAGGCAUGGCGGGCUGCAGGUCCCCAGCUCUGCCCUGCAGGGAGGCAGCUAAGGCCUGGCGAGAAAUCAAACGCAGCGUCGGUGGGCCAGCACUGCUGGGGAACCCGGCGCACCCUCCGCAGCUGCUGGCCCGGCUGCUAAGCCUCUCACUGCCUGGGGCCCGCCGCUCCGAGUGCCGGGCCGCCAAACUCACGCCCACCCAGAACUCCAGCUGGCCCGCAAGCGCUGCGCUCAGCCCCGGUUCCCGCCCGUGCCUCUCCCUCCAUACCUCCCAGCAAGCCGAGGGAGCUCGCUCCGGCCUCGGCCAGUCUAGAGAAGGGCUCCCAUGGUGCAGCGGCGGGCUGAAGGGCUCCUCAAGCACGGCCAGAAUGGCGCUGAGGCGGAGGAGACGCAGAGAGCGAGUGAGGGCUGCAAGGGCUGCCAGCACAGCACGCUGUCACCUCUCAAUGGUACUUAUAAUGGAGACUCAAAAUAGAAUUCUUCGGAUCCGUAUUGAAGUGAUUCAGCUAGAAAUUGAUAAUCUUCAUUUUAACACUGCUCUGAGCUAAUGGCUGCUCUUGAAAAGGUUUGUACAUUAUUUGUGAAAAAAACUUUACUUCUGCCAUUCUUUGCCAUGUCAGAUCCUUUUCCUUGAUGUAAUGUCCAAUACUCCUUCCACAUGUAAUUUGUUAUGACACUUGCAGACACUCGUUCUUCCAGAAUGGAAGUCCAACAUUAAGACUGUAUUACUAUGACUGAAAUCCUGAUUCUGACUUCUAUUUCCUUUAUAACAUUAGACAAUUAUCCCAUUGUUAUAUUCAACUUAUUGACUUUUGAUUGUUCAUGCUAUAAGUUGUAUAUAUUGUUUUAUUAUAUUGUUUCAAGUUGGGUUCUGUCCUCUACUUUCUGACUAGAUUUCUUUUAUAUUACUCAGUUUGGCCCAGAUUUAUUCAAAUUCCCAAAUCCAAGUUUUAUAUUUCUCCAAUUUUCCUUACUGCAUUAUAGUAGCCCCUUACGUGAUAUAUAAAUCAGAAAAGAAUGUCUAUAAGUGUUCAAAAGUUUAAAAAGCUAAUAUUACAUAGGCUGCUUUAAUUUUAGAAAUACAUCAGCCCAAUAAAGUGUAUUCACAAAGCGUAAGCAUGUUUGGAAUUUCGAAUAAUGAUACCUAAAAUUGCAAAGGCAUAAUAAAAUUUUGACAUAUAUUUCAAGGAGGAGUGUUUUUUUUUCUUUAGUGGAACUAACUUAUGGAAAUCUUAUGUGUUAAAUAAAUAACUUCCUCAUGGUUUCCUGCUUAUUCUGAUGCUAUUAUUGUUGUAUAUCUUGAAUGGCUGUCACAUAACAUAAAGCUGUCUGUGACAUGUUUCAAUUUUAAGCAACUGGAAUUCUGAUUAUAAAGAUGCUUCAGAAUAUGCUUCAAUGGUUAUUAAGAUGAAUAAUACAUUAUUUCUUUAUUAUUCAUUGAAAACUUUGGUUAGAAUCAUAGAUAUUCAGACUUACUGACCAAACAUUUAACAAAGGGAAAGAACAAAUGUCAAUAUUUUUGGUAUAUUUUUUCCUCAUGUUAAAGGCAGCAAGUCUGUAAAUGGCUCAUUAUAUUUAGAUAUGCUUUUUAAUAAGCAAAAAAAUGUAUUUUUAAUGUUAACUCAAUAAAUUUUUCUCUUAUGCUAAAAUUUCUUGACAUAAGUAUUAUUAUAUGUCUUUCAUGACUUUCAAAGAAAAAUUUAGAUGAAAUGCACUUCUAAUAUGUGAACUAUAUUAAAAGAGAAUUUAUAUACUUGCAUUUUUGAAUGGAAAGUUACAAAUUUGAAAUUCAGACUAACUGGGAAUGGAUUUUAUAUAUCUAUUAUUCUGUUUUACCAUAACGAUUUGCUAAACUUUUGCAAGUUUUGAUUUGAAAGUCUGUAAAGUUUGAUUGCUAAUAGUAUACUAAUAGUAUAAUUCAUCAUAUAGUUAUUUUGAGGAUUAUAUCAGCUUAAAAAUGCAUGGUACAAUACGUGUGUGUGUGUGUGUAUUUUAUAUAUAAAUAUUACCUUCAGUAUCUGUAUGUCACACUCACUACAAUCACAGAUACUGAAGAUGAUAUUUAAGAUGUAUUUGUUUCCAAAUAAAAACAACUCAAAAAGUCUUUCAUAAUAAAGGAAUUGCUAUCUUGUAUGAUAGUAUACUAAAAUCUAAUAAUUCUUUGCUACUUUGCCAAAAAAUACCGAAUCUGCCUUGAAAUAGCCUAUUACUUUUCAAUUCCAAGGUUAUAUCUAGGUCACUACAGUUCCACAAAGAGAAAGUACAUCUGAAGCUAUACAGCCCCUGGAAAGGACACUGCCCAGUGAACUAAUCAUAUAUGACCAUGGGGGACUUUAGAUAAAGAAAUCCUUUCAGUGAACAGAGUCUGGGUUCAUGGAGAUCAAAAGACAAUCUUGAGCAACAGAUUUAACCCUGAAGCAGAGGAUGGAGUGACCUUCCUGAGAAUCACAUUGAGUGGGGCAGGAGACCUGAAAGAAAGCGAGGUCCCACUAGCAAGAAAGGAAAGGAAAACAAAAAUGUUUGUUGGACAGGUGAUUACCAGUGUUUUCUAUAUUAAAUAAAACAGUAUUUUACACAUA